AUAGCUGUCGUUCCGUCGUUGUCGAUGAAUAUGACAGAACAACUCAUAGAAUUGGUGAGAAAAUAUACGUUUCUGUAUGAUACUAGUAGCAAAAAUUAUAAGAAUGUUGGUUUGAAGGAUGAGACUUGGAAAAAUAUUGGAAACGAAUUGAAUGAGAAUGACGAAAUUAUAAAAAAAAAAUGGAAAAGCCUAAGAGACAAUUAUUUACGAUACAAAAAAGACAUAAAAGGUACAACAGGACAAGCCUCUAAAAAGUAUCAAAAUUGGCCGUGGGCAAGUCAGUUACAAUUUUUAGACAAAACUUUAGCUCCAAGACAAACGACAUCCAAUAUUGCAACUGACAUUCCAUUAGAGAUACAGACACAAGAAUUAACAUCUCCUUCACAGAUAACUUCUCCACAGGCAUCAACAUCAUUUUUAGAUGUCGAAGAACCGGAUGAUCCAGAAUUACACUCGCGUACUGAUUCUACAUUACCAGCACCGAAGAAAAUCAAAACAAAUAGUAAAGAACCUAACGAUCAGCAUGUUGGUGUAAACAAAGUCAUUAGUUAUCUGGAGAAUAAAAAGAAACCUACACAUGAUAGUGUCGACCACUUAUUUCUCAGUUAUGCAGGAACCUUCAAAAAGUUUUCAGAGAGAAAUCAAAUACAGAUUAAACUAGAACUUGCUAAAUUAUUCGGUGACAUGGAAUUAAAAGAACUAGAUGAACGCUGUCCUUCAAGUUCUUCAAUCAGCAAUUAUUCAACCGACUGUGAUUUUCUUCAACCAAAAUCAAAUGCAUUUAAAAACGUAAUGUCAUCAUCAGAAAACUGUUCUAAAGGGUAUACUUAUGAUGAAUACAACUACCAACACUUAUAAUUUAUAGCUAUUAAUUUAAAUUAUAAUAA